AUGUCCACCAAAGCCGCACUCAAGGCCGCGAAAGCCGCCAUCGACAGCAAGAAGUGGGAUGAGGCGAUUGAGCAGGCAAACGCAGUGCUAGAGAAAGACGCCAACAAUUACUUUGCCAAACUGUUCCUGGGUCGUGCAAAUGAUGGAUUGGGGAAACACGAAGAAGCUGCGCGGGCAUACAUGGACGCGACGGCCAUCAAGCCAGACGAUACGCAAGCAUGGCUGGGACUGAGGGGCCUGUAUGAGGGUCUGGGGCCGUCAAAAGUAGACGAGAACAUCCAUGUCGGACUCAAGCUCGCAGAGCUCUACAUGAACCUCGACGACGCUCACCGCUCUCAAACCGCAAUCGAUAAACUCGUCGACCACGCCCGGCGCCAUGGCACAAAACCCCAAUACGCACGCGCACUAGCCACCCAACUCCCCUCCUCCCCCAUCUACGCCUACCUCGAGGGCCGGCUCCCCGCACCGGGCGCAACCUACGCACGCAUUGCGGAGAUCCACGAGGUCGCCGAAGAAGCCACAAUCCAGCGCCUCAUUGAUGAGCGGCGACAGCGCUUGGGCGCAACGCUCGAGACGACAACGGCGGCGGUCAAGCACGAGGUUUUUGCGGCGAGUCCGCUCGAGGGUUUAUACGAGGAGCUGAUUAAUUGGACGAAUGAUGACGAGUUGAGGAGGGACUAUGAGGAGCGAUUGUUGCGGCGCGCGUAUGAGACGUUGCUUGUGCUGCCGGCGGGACAGAAAAGAGAGAAGAGGGAGAAGGUGAUGCGGUUGGCGCAUGACAUGGUUGUCAUCAAGCAUCCGUAUCUGUUGGCGUGGAAUAUCGAGUUGGAGUGGCGGUCUGGAUUGGAGCUGGAGGCGUAUUAG